AUCCUUUUCCCUUUAUUUUCAUAUAAACUCAUUUUAUACAAGAUACCAUGUCUGUCUCUGAAGCUACUCAACAGUUGGAAAAUUUAACUCUCAAGCAUAAACGUCCUACUCGUGAAGCUGAAAACGAAGAAGAAAUCCUUCGUGAAAAUACUCGCCGAUUCUGUCUAUUCCCUAUCAAAUACCAUGAAAUUUGGCAAUUCUACAAGAAACAUGAAGCUUCCUUUUGGACAGCAGAAGAAAUUGACCUUUCAAAGGAUACCAAUGAUUGGGAAAACAAGUUAAAUGACGAUGAAAGAUAUUUUAUCUCUCAUGUAUUGGCUUUCUUUGCAAGCUCAGAUGGUAUUGUUAAUGAAAAUUUGGUUCAAAACUUUAUGGAUGAAGUCAAGAUUGCUGAAGCCAAAUGCUUUUAUGGAUUCCAAAUCAUGAUUGAAAAUAUUCAUUCUGAAACUUAUAGUUUAUUGAUUGACACUUAUAUCAAGGAUCCUGUGGAAAAAGAAAACUUAUUUGAUGCCAUUGAAACUAUUCCAUGUAUCAAGAAAAAGGCUGAUUGGGCUUUCCGUUGGAUUAGUGGAAAUGAAUCAUUUGCUGAAAGACUUGUUGCUUUUGCUGCUGUAGAAGGUAUUUUCUUUUCUGGUGCCUUUGCUUCCAUUUUCUGGCUCAAGAAACGUGGAUUGAUGCCUGGUUUGACUUUCUCCAAUGAAUUGAUCAGUCGUGAUGAAGGUCUCCAUACCGACUUUGCCUGUUUAUUAUUUGGUCAUCUUCAACAUCAACCUACUCACGAUCGUGUACUAGAAAUCAUUGUUGAAGCUGUUGCCAUUGAACAAGAAUUCCUUACUGAAGCCCUUCCCGUAGCUUUGAUUGGUAUGAACAGCAAACUUAUGUGUCAAUAUAUCGAAUUUGUUGCCGAUCGUCUCUUGGUUGCUCUUGGUUUAGACAAACAUUACAACUCCACCAAUCCCUUUGAUUUUAUGGAUCUGAUCUCUCUUCAAGGCAAGACAAACUUCUUUGAAAAACGCGUUUCUGAUUAUCAACGAGCUGGUGUUAUGAACAAAACUGCAGAAGAAAAACAGUUUACCUUAGAUGCUGAUUUUUAGGUAUCAUUUGUAUAUAUAUAUCCUUUUAUUUUCAUUAUUAUUAUUAUCAUUAUUAUUAUCAUUAUUAUUAUUUGAAAUUCUUAUUUCCCUUGUUUUUAUCAAUAAAACCGUCAUUUGUUUAUAUUC